GUUUUUUUUUUUAAAUCCCUCCAGGAUCUCCCGCCUUCCAUCCGUGGAUUACAGAGGUUUUCGGGCUGUAUUCCCCUCCUCGUCGCUCCUCCACCGGUGAGCCAGUCAGCAGAGCAAGCUGAACAAAGCCAUGGGAGAGAGGAGCUUCUGGGAAGAAAUGUCUCUCACUGACUCUGUCGCCUGGACAACCGGAGCAUGGAGGGGAUGAAACUGAAGAGCACAAGUUCAGCACAUUACAAGUGGACCCAGUAGGCCUGAAUGCUCCACCUGUAAAUUCUCGGGUCAUCAGCCUCAGGUGCCAGCAUGGAUGUGGAGGAUGAGCCACUGCUGUUCCAGACCAGCUGGGGAGGGGAGGAAGAAGAGGAUGAGGGGGAGGAGGAGGAGGGGCAGGAGGAAGAAGAUGGAGUAGCACAGGCAGCAGGACAGAGCUGUUUCUCUGGGGAGGUGUGUGGGCUGUGGAGGGCUUUGGGGUGGGUGUACACACAGCCCUGGGCCAGUGGAGUGGUUUUAGGGGUACUUGUCCUGCUACCAUGUGCCCUGUUUGCCUUCAUGCUCCUCUACUGCCCUCCUCUGGACAUAGACCUCUCCUACAGUGCCUUUGAGGUCCACAGUCACUUCUCUGCCGAGCGCUUCGACGCCCUUGCCAUAGCUGUAAAGACUCAGCUGGGUUCCUGGGACAGGCGUAGGCGAGACUUAGAUAACAGCGAGUCUGAGGCCCUGCGGGAGCUUCUGCUGGAGAAGCUGGGCAGACAGGGAGUUUUCAACAGGACAGAUAAUGAGGGCAUGAGGUCCUCCACUCGUCAAAACAACCCUUUACAUGCAGGAGAUGAUCAGAGGAGGGGAGCGGCAGCGGGGAGAGAUAAAAUGACUGUGCCUGAUUUGGGUCAGAAGGAAAUGGGGAAGCACAAGAACUUAGAUCACAUAGCAGAGGAGUACGAGAAGAGAUCAUGGGAUGGAAACUCCACUUUGUCGCUCAUUAGGAGGCGCAGGUUUGCUCCCAAUUACUACUUGCAGAGCCAGGCUCUGUGGAGGAUCGAGCUGGUGUAUGUGGCUCAAGGGGAGGGCGAUCGCAACAUCUUCACCCCAGAACGCCUGCAGACGAUUCACCACGUGGAGCGGCUUCUCAUGCAGCACCCGCAGUUUCACCAGUUCUGCUGGAAGCCUCUAGAGAUGCUGAGGGAUCUGCCACUGGGACCGUCCUACUGCUCACCACCCAGCUCCCUCCUGUCUUACCUCUACCCCAGUGAGAGAGGAGGGAAGAUAUACUAUGAUGGCAUGGGCCCAGAUCUUGCUGAUAUUCAAGGUUCUCUCAAGCUGGCCAUCACCCACCCACAGUUCUACUGGUACGUGGAUGAGAGUCUGUCCCCUGAGCACCUCUCCUCCUCUCUCUUACGCAGUGAGAUCCACUUCGGAGCUCCUCUUCCUUCCUACUACUCCCUGCAGGACCGGUCUGACGAGCAAAGAUCUCGCUUCAAAAACUUUGUGGUUCAGUAUGCAGGCAUCCUGGCCAAGCAAUCUACCAGCCAGGUGAAGGUGCUGUAUGGGGGAACAGAGCUGUUUGAUGAUGAGGUGAGACACACUUUCCACAAUGACAUGAUGCUGGCGGUCAUCAGCGGAGCCUGCAUUACUGUGCUCGUCUAUGUCCUUACCUCCUUUUCUGUGUUUCUAACUUUCUUCGGACUCACUAGCAUCGGACUGAGCUGCUUGAUGGCUCUUUUCUUAUACCAUGUUGUCUUUGGUGUGAGGUACCUGGGCAUUCUCAAUGGAGUUGCAGCCUUUGUCAUUAUUGGCAUUGGCGUGGAUGAUGUCUUUGUGUUCAUCAGCACCUUCAGACAGGCUUCUCAUCUGCACCAGCCGCAGCAACGGAUGAUCUACACAAUUAAAACAGCUGGCCGAGCUACUUUCCUCACCUCCUUCACCACCGCAGCUGCCUAUGCUGCUAACACCUUCUCCCAGAUCCCAGCCGUGCAUGACUUCGGCCUAUUCAUGGCCCUCAUUGUCAGCUGCUGCUGGCUUUGGGUAUCCGUCCUGAUGCCUGCCGCCCUUUGUGUCUGGACUGAGUGUGUGGAGCCUCAGGAACGUGCCUGGUUGAAUUGCUCGAAGCUAUUUUCCGGCCUGUCAGCAAGCCACAGCCCUUUGUCAGAUGAGGAUGACGAUGUGGCCCUUCUGUCAGUGGAGAUGGAGCCAGGCACCACUAAGCCCCUGUCUCUGUCUGGGCCAGGCUCCUGUGACACAGACGGCGAUGCAGCCAUUCUUUCCCUGUCAGUGGAGACACCUCUGUCCCCUCCAGGGCAGCAGCAUGAGGGUGUGGUGAGCACAAAUCUCCAGUGGGCCCUGAAGCACUUAGUGGCAGAGCCAGCUGUGGAGCGACGAAAAGCUGUUCUAGGUGUCUUCCUCCUGGUUCUGCUCUUAUCUGCUGGGUGCUGCUGUCUCCUGAGGCCGGCCACUCACGCCCCCCUUCUUUUCCGCCGGGACACAAACCUCCAGGCUCUGUUGGCUCUGAGGAGCAACCUCAGUGGUCAAGGCAUCUCCUGCCCUAUGUGCUCAGGUGUGUUCAUGGAAAAGCCCCACCCUUUGUACAACCACUCUUCCUCGUCAUCAUUUAAGUUUUCUACACAUCAGCAGACCCCGAGCACAAUGACCUCCACUGCUCCUCAGAGCUCGGUAAAACCAAAUUCAAGCACCAACCAAACAGGCUCUUUACUUACAGUGUACAUAUCAAAGUUGGACCUCAGAACAUCUACAACCCUUUACCGCUUCUCCCUUAACACCAGCACUCCUUCCCCGUGGAAACUGUGCAGCACAGAGCAUGAAGAUGUUUCAUCAUUUCAGGCUUAUAAUCAGCCCAGCAGCAAUUACACCACCAGACUGACAGUGUGUGUUUCCCGUGUGUACCACCCGUACCCCAGCUGGAUGAUCACAUCCGCUUCAUGUGACCCCCGUCAUGGCUGGACGGCAGAGUUUUCCUUUUAUGCAGCAUCGUCUCCGCAGCAGCACAGCAGGAGACUGUACUUUUCCCAGUGCCGUCUGAGACCUCAUCCCAGCCGAGUGUGUGUCAACCCGCCUGGCUGCGGCGUCAGUUCUGGGCCUGAUGGACCCACACAGGGAAGCUUUUAUAUUCCUCUCCCCAGUGAUCUGUCAUCUUCUGCCAAAGCAAAACCAUCCAAAACGUUUGGCUUCAACCCAUGCAGCGGUGGUGCAUGUGGCCAACCAGCGGUGCGUCCUCUGGUCGACACCGGGGCGAUGGUCUUUGUUGUGUUUGGCAUCUUGGGAGUCAACCGAACCGAACACAGGGACAACCAUGUUAUUGGAGAUAUGGGCAGCAUUAUUUUGGAUCCAGACUUUGAUAUUUUCCAAGAAAUGGGGCAUCUUUGCAAAAUCUGUAAAGCUAUUAGUGCAAACAGACAACUUGUGAAGCCAGGAGGAGCGCAGUGUUUGCCUUCAGGUAAUAAACUGUCCUCUAUUCUGCCUCUGCUCCAUCCUGAGUGUCACUCUCUACCUGAACCAAACCUGCUCCCGGGGCAGCUCUCCCAUGGAGCGGUGGGAAUGCAUGGAGGCAAGGUCCGCUGGCUGUCCAUGGCCUUUGAGUCUACCACAUACAAGGGGAAAUCCUCCUUUCAGACCUAUUCCGACUUCCUUCAGUGGGAGAACUUCAUCCGGGAGCAGCUCGCCUCCCUCCCGCAGUCCUCCGCUCUGCAACGGGGUUUCCAGACCUGCGAGCACUGGAAGCAAAUCUUCAUGGAAAUCAUAGGUGUGGAGAGUGCCCUCUGGAGUCUGCUGCUGUCCCUGGCCAUCUGUGUGGCAGCUGUGUCUGUGUUUACUGCACAUCCUUUGCUGCUGCUGCCAGUACUCAUAACCAUUCUAGGAGUGAUCUGUCUGGUGGUGGCAGUUAUGUAUUGGCUGAGCUGGGAGAUGGGAGCAGUGGAGGCGAUUUCUCUGUCUAUACUGGUGGGAUCUUCAGUGGAUUACUGUCUGCACCUGGUGGAGGGAUACCUGCUGGCCGGGGAGACAUUGCCCUCAACGCCUGGUCAUAAUUCGGAGCCUUCGGCAGAGAGGCAGAGGCGGACUCUGCAGGCAGUGAACCAUGUUGGCGUUGCCAUAGUGUCCAGCGCCAUCACCACAGUGAUCUCCACAGUCCCUCUCUUCUUCUGUGUGAUUGUGCCUUUCGCCAAGUUUGGCCAGAUAGUGGCCAUUAACACCGCCGUCUCCAUUUUGUUCACCCUGACCGUGACUGUGGCCAUGCUGGCGUGCAUGGCCCCCGCUCGCUUCAGCAGACCCCCCGGCGCUGUGUUGAAGGCCAGCCUGGCCGUGAUGGCGGCGACAGCCUUGGGAGCAGCUCUGUGCUGGGUGGGAGGACAACUGGGAGCGUUGGCCUGGCAAACAAUCAGCACGUAACCUCAACCGUUUGCCAACUCACACUGAUGUCAGGCAGAGGAGUUCCUCUGUAUGCAAAAAUAAAAUCUGUAAGCACUAUUUUCCUCCCUCUUUAGGAGGAAUAUCAGAUCAGUAAACGAUCUUGUACUUUACAGCACAAAGAUGUCAGAAUUUAUUCCAUAAGUAGAAGCUGUUUGUCAUCACAAAAUACAUCAUUUCACUUGAAUUGAUCAGUGGAUUGUAAGUAUUACCCAUUAGGGACCUCUUUAAAUAUAGUGUAAAUGAUUAUGUGACUUGAACAUUUGGGUUGACAUGAUGAUUCAGCUGAGUUUUUUUUUUUUCUCGAUCCGAUAUCACCUUCAGCCCUAGAGGUGGAGAUGAUGAGAACCACUGGCUGAGUCCCAGUUUUCAUCAGAGUGUAACUUAUUGAGUUGUGAAGAGCCACUGACUGUUCUGUGACCUGCUGUUGUGAACACUGUCAGGGCGUUGCGCUCUGACGUGUGUGAAGAUUAAUGUUACUGAUUCACAUGAUUCAUGGCCAUCUUGUGAAACAUCACUUUUGUGUUUUCUUAGCUGUGCACUGAAUGUGUUUUCAGCCACAUUUGUAACAAAAGGUUAUGAUGUCAUAAUGUGGCUGGAUUAAAAGUUGUAUUAGUCAAAUGUAUACUGUGCACAGUUUUGUUAAAUGUGAUGUAAAUGUUUCAGUAUGCUGCACUCACACAUUCUGAAGUAAAUCUCUGAUGCUGCCAGCACACACUUGUUCUGAAGGGUUGUGCAUACCAACACUCAAGACAUCAUUUCUCUUUUUUGAUCCUUUCACAUGUUUCUAUCUUAGAUCUCAAACUGCAUUACGGUCUCUAUUGUUGUCAUCAGCACCAAUUGAAAGAGACCUCUUGUCGGGUCCUCGGGUGUAACCUCCACACGCCCUCCAUCACACUUGUAGGCACUCACUGUAACCAACUCUGCUCCCUCCUCUGCUCUCACACAAUUUAGAGCACCACUCAUACACCCAUCUACGCCGGCUUCGGUCUGCCCUGUAGUGCAGGUGGGGCCAUUUGUCAAACCACAUAACACAUUAAUGGUCAGGGACUGGGACUGACUCAAUUGCGGCAAGAGCAGUAAAUUUUUGUUUUGUGUAUGUGGUACUUGUGAAUGUCAAAUAAAACAGCUGCAGAAA